GCUAUAGCUGUUAUGUAUACUGGAGAUAAACGUUGGGCCAACUGCGGCCGAAUAUAGAAUAGUCUCGAUAAAAUAUGGUCUUGGACAUGCUGACCGUAUAAACUUCUGAUCAGAAUGUCUGCGUGUCUGCAAUUUCUUGCGCUGUGCCUCCUGGUCGGAAGUUACAGUUGUCUGCCGGCCGUGAACGCCACUUCCGGUGCUCAUGCAGUUCAGGGUCGGGCGGCGCGGCUCCCGCGAGUGCUUAAGUUCGGUGCUUUCAACAUCAAGAUUUUCGGGCGGAGCAAAAUGAGCGACCCGGUCAUGGCCGCUCAUAUUCGUGAUAUUGUGCGUCUGUACGACGUGAUGCUCAUCCAGGAGAUCAGGGACGCCACAGGAGAGGCCAUACAACAACUUUGGGACAUGGUCGGCAGGUUAGAGUACGGCAUGGUGAUCAGUGAACGUUUGGGACGGACAACGUCAAAGGAGGAAUACGCCUACUUCUUUAGACACAGCACCAUUUCCCUGAUAUCCACCCACCAGUACGACGACGGACCGGACGACAACAGUGACGCCUUCGAGAGGGAGCCCUACUGUAUCCUGGUCAGGCCCGUUGGAGGUACCUACGACAUUGCGUUGGCAGGUGUUCACAUCAAACCCACCGAAGCCGUUGCUGAGAUUGACUCGCUGAUCGACGUAUAUUACGACGUUCUGAAAACGUGGCCGGCUAUUAAGGACGUGAUAAUCAUGGGCGACCUGAACGCGGACUGUAGUUACGCCUCGGAGUCCGACUUGCGCAAACUACCCAUCUAUAAUGAGCAGCUAUUCUACUGGCCGCUCGGCUUUGACAUCGACACCACUGUCUCUUCAACAGAUUGCGCUUAUGACAGGUUCAUUUUGUCCGGUCCGAAUAUUCGUUCUGCUAUCAUCCCCGGGAGCGAAGGGGUGUUUCUAUAUGAUGCCCACUUCGGAAUGUCCUACACCAAGGCAUACGAUCUGAGUGACCAUUACCCUAUCGAGUUGGAAAUAUGGUGACAUGCUGGACCAGUCCGUACUCCCUAUUCGUAUUUUGAACAUAAUAUGUACACUGUGGAACUUUAAUAAAAGAAUUGUUUUCUUUUU